AUUAUUCUUUUUUUAUCUUUUUAGAUUAGUAUAAAUCAAAGAAUAUUAAAAAUUGAAAAUGUAUAAUUUUGAUGGCCAGCACAAAGCUGGCUUGAAAGUAUCUCUUGGAGGGGUAUCUAAAAAGAUUGACAAAUCGACACUCCUUCAGUCUGCCAGAGAUGAGCGUAUUAAACGUGAGAAAACACGAAAAGAAAACGGUGCUGCAGUAACGUUGCAAUCUUGGAUUCGUGGUUGUUUUGUUAGGAAUAUAUUGUCGAAGAGCUACCGAAAUGAAUUUGAUCGUGAGUUUAUGCUGUUGCAAAAAGAUUUGCACAACAUGAACAUACGCUUGGCAGGCUUAGUCCAAAAGCUUUGUUUGUUUUAUAAAGCAUCAGAGGACUAUCAAAGGCUCGUUUCAAUUUGUCAAAUGUUGCUAAAGUUGUCAUCUGGUAAAAAAUUGAAUUUGCUGAUGAAUGAGGAUUUAUCAAGUUGGAUUCUGAAAAUCAAGACCUUACUCGUCCUUUGCUGCAGUAACCUACAUACCUUAAUCAACCCGAAUAUAACCAUUCCUCUACGAAUGAUUGAAGUGUUUACUGAAGCACACACAUAUAACUGGCUUGGAGAAAGUAAAUCUAUCAAUAUAUCUACAGAUAUAACAGUUAAUUUAGUUUUAAAAGGAUACUUUCACCAUCUGCGAGAAUUAGUGAAUAAACGAGUUCCUUCCAGUAUAGAACCUUCACCACAUCCUCCAACACCAUUCGCUGCAGCAGCAAAAGACUUAUUCUUAAAACCACUUUUACUUCAAGAUAAAUAUACCACGUCUCCAGCGUCAGCAAAUUCGAGGCAGCUGGUUUAUUCUACAUUUAUCACCGACCUUUUGUCACCUUCCAUGUCCGAGCAAGUUUGCUUCUUCGUUGUUCCUGCAAUUGCAAGUGAAAUUCCAUUCUCAUCAUUUCUUCAAUGUAUCGCUACAACUCAACAUCAUCAUACUGUGUGGACAUUAUAUUCGUUCUUACAUGUUUGUGAAUGUCAUAUAGAAAACACAUCACCAGAUGAAAUAAAGAACAUCGUUUCAGCAUUAAGAAUUCUAAUUCCGAAACUUAAACCUCAAAAAGAAAAUGGUAGCAGUGCGACGAACAGUUACGAAUCUGACUCUGAUGAUAGCGACGUUGAGAUGGAUGCGGUUGUCACGGUACCCGACAGCCGAUGUUUAUCAUAUGUUAAAGAGAAAUGCAUGAGUGUGUUGAAUGAGAAAAACAUUACGGCGGCUAUCUUAAACUUUAUAAAACACAGGCAAGCAUUUAGUUGCGAUGACUACAGCCGUUACAUUCGAGACCUAUGUGCUAUUAGCCAUCACUUGCUGGUACACAUGCAUACCCCAGUCCAUAGGUGGAAACUACUCUAUUCGCUUGCAUUUAAUGCUGACUUCAUGUAUUCAUGCUGGUCUGAACUAAUGGCGUUAAAGACCAACACUUUUUCUGGAAAAGAUGUGAAUCUCAUUCAUCAGCUUUCUCACGGGUACACCAUGUCAAGAGAGGAUCAGUCUCGAUUAUUACCACUACUGGGAGUUUUUGCCUCGCUUUUUCGCUAUGCUUUAUUUUCUAUCUACGAUUCAGACUUUUAUGGUGAUACAAAAACCACCGGUUCAAGGUUAAUGCCUUUCUCUCUGCGAGAACUUGCUGAUAUGUCUCAGAUUUUGAGAGAUGUUGUCCUUGGCCUCAUCACAUUUAUGUAUCCCGACAUAAAAUCUGCACCAGAAACCGAGAAUUGGCAACUUUUAUGUCAAACAGUGACACUGUUACUGAAGCAGUUAUACUCGCGGGAUUCGAGACAUCGCUUCUGUCCAGAAAAUCACUGGCUUUCCACCAAAGCGGCUGUGAGUCAGGAAAGUUUGAAUAUUUCGUCGUUCAUGAAACAAGAGGAUGAUGAUGUGCAACUAGAAGAGAUCUUUAAACCAGGAAUGAGUACGAUCAACGCGAGAAGUUUAGCCAUCUUAAGAUACGUGCCAUUCGCUGUCCCUUUUAUGCAGCGUGUCAGGAUUUUCCAACGUAUUCUAACUGAAGACAAAAACGACUCUUUAAAUGUCGAGCAAACUGUCAUUCCAUCGCACGGCUUGAAUAUAACCGUCAACCGAAAGUAUUUAUACCAAGACGCAUAUGACCAGUUAUCUGAAGAUCGAGCCUCCGAUGUGAAAAAGCCAGUCCGUGUGCACAUGAUUAAUGCGCAAGGUCUUAAUGAGGCAGGGAUUGAUGGUGGAGGCGUGUUCAGAGAAUUUAUGUCUCAGCUCUUAAAAACUGGAUUUGAUCCCAGCUACGGCUUCUUCAAGACCACGUCUCAACAACUUCUCUACCCAAAUCCCGAUGUUGAGCGGAUUCAACCGGAUUAUAUUAAGCACUUACAUUUUCUUGGUCGAAUGCUUGGUAAAAUAAUCUACGAAUCAAUGAUGGUUGAAUUACCGUUAGCCGAUUUCUUUCUGUGCAAAUUGUUAAGUAAACAAGGCGCCGAUGUGGAUAUUCAUCAACUGGAAUCGUUAGAUCCGGAACUUUAUAAAAAUUUGUUAUAUCUAAAAAAUUAUGAAGGAGAUGUGGAUGAUUUGGCGUUAAAUUUCACCGUUGUGCAAAGUGAUUAUGGAGAAACCAGGGUGGAAGAGCUUAAACCUGGUGGGCGAGACAUCUGUGUAACUAAUAGCAACAGGAUCGAAUAUAUUCAUUUAAUGGCGGACUACAGAUUAAAUAAACAGAUUCGCAGUCAUUGCAACGCUUUUCGCGCAGGUUUAGCUGACGUCAUCAAUAUCGAAUGGUUGCAAAUGUUUGACCACAGAGAGUUGCAAAUCUUAAUAUCAGGAGCAGAAAUUCCAGUUGAUAUGCACGAUCUUCGACAGAACACAAAUUAUUCAGGUUCAUAUACGGGGGACGAAGCGUACAUCAACGAGUUUUGGAACAUUUUAUACUCACUCACCGACAAACAAAAAAGACAAUUUUUAAAAUUUGUGACAAGCUGUUCGAGACCUCCCCUGUUGGGAUUUUCAGAGUUAUAUCCACAGUUUUGUAUUCAUUAUGGCGGCGAAGAAGACAGAUUACCCACUGCCAGUACUUGCAUGAACUUUUUAAAACUACCAAGAUAUAAAAACACAGAACUGUUGCGAGCAAGGUUGAUAUACGCGAUCGAGGCGGAGGCUGGUUUUGAGUUAAGCUAACGAAGCUUUGUUCUUUUUUUUUUGCACAAACACAAAAACUUACAAAUUCGUUUCGAGGUCUUGAAACGUGCUUCUGAAAAUUCUAUUCCGCGAGACAUUGCGAUUCUUUUCAAAAGAACGUGAUAAAUAUUGAUUAUUCUUAUCCAGAAAUUUAGAAUGAAGCUGUAACGUAAUUCAGAGGUGUAAGGACUACAGUUAAAUUUUUAAUUAAAAA